AUGGUGUGUCUGUGGCUCCCCAGAGGCCCCUGGGUGGCAGCUGUGGUCCUGACACUGAUGGUGCUGAGCCCUCCCGUGGCUUUGGUCAGGGACCCCCGAUCUCGGUUCAUGGCACAAGUUAAACACGAGUGUCGUUUCUACAAUGGGACGCAGCGCGUGUGGCUUUUGGACAGAUACUUCUACAACCAAGAGGAAAACGUGCGCUUCGACAGUGAUGUGGGCAAGUACCUUGCUGUGACCAAGAUGGGGGAGCUGGAGGCCGAGAACUGGAACAGCCGGAAGGAGCUCCUGGAGGAUGCGCGGGCCGGGGUGGACACGUACUGCAGAUACAACUACCAGAUUUUGGAGAGCUUCACUGAGCAGAGGAGAGUUGAGCCUGUGGUGACUGUGUAUCCCACAAAGACAGAGCCCCAGGAGCACCACAACCUCCUGGUCUGCUCUGUGAGAGGCUUCUACCCCAGGCAGAUUGAAGUCAGAUGGUUCCGGAAUGACCAGGAGGAGAAGACUCGGGUCGUUACCACGGGCCUGAUCUGGAAUGGAGACUGGACCUUCCAGACCCUGGUGAUGCUGGAGACGGUUCCUCAGAGUGGAGAGGUUUACACUUGCCAAGUGGAGCAUCCCAGCCUGAGCAGCCCUGUCACAGUGGAGUGGAGACUUAGGUCAGCAGCUGAGCCCCGAGUCCUGAGGUCGAUGUACAAAUAA